AAAACAUGUCUUUUUGAAAUAAAAUUGAGUUUUUUUUAGCAUUUGUCAAAAAUAAUUUUAUAAAAUUGAAUUUUAUUCAUAACCGAAAACAAAAAACAAAAAACAAAAUGAAUUCCGAUCUUGUUGAUGCUUUACCUUAUAUUGAUAAUGAAUUUAAUAAUCCUGAAGUUCGUUUAGCCGUUGCACAAAUGGUUGAAGAUGAAACUAAACGAUAUCGUCCAACUAAAAAUUAUUUAGAAUCAUUACCACAUAUUGCAACUAUGGAUAUAACCAAAUUUGAGACCGAUAUUUUACGUGCUGAAUUUGAACGUCUGAAUAAUGGACAACCAAUGGAACAAUUGAAUAUGAAACGUUAUGAAUUGCCAUCACCAUCGACCGGUAAAUUAAACGAUAUAUGGGCAUGGCAAGAAUGUAUGGAAAAUUCAUUUGCACAACUUGAACAUCAAGCAAUUCGAAUACAAAAUCUUGAACUAUUAGGACAAUAUGGAGCAGAAACAUGGAAAAUGUAUAAUUCAAUUUUGACACAAUUAUUGGCUCGAUCAAAAGCUCAUUUAGAAAAAAUUCGAAAACAAAUUCAGGAUAUUAAUUUAUCACGGAAAAAUAGCCAACUACAAGCCGGAGAACAGAUAAAAAUUCUUGAAGAAAAUUGGGUUACAUUAGUUGGUAAAAAUUAUGAAAUUGAACGAGCCUGUUUACAACUCGAAACCGAUCUGAUGAUCAAAUCACAGCAGCAACAGCAACAAAAACAAGAUCAACCAAAAAAAUAAUUGAUUUUAUUAAAUUGAAUAGAUUUGUAAUCAAAAAAGAAAAAAAAUAUUAUUAUUGUGA